CUUUUAACUUAUAAAAUUGAAUUUCCGGCGUUGCUAGGCUCCUCCGGAAUUAUCCGUUUGUUUACACAUUUCUUUGAGCAUUGUUGAAGCAGUCGUGAGGAGAAACUAAAUUAACCGUGUUAGAAGGUCUGACGAUAUACUCUUCAAAAUGCCUUUGUUUGGCAACAUUUUCAGUCCCAAAAAAACACCACCUCGAAAGUCUGCAUCCCUUUCCAAUCUACAUACACUGGAUCGGUCAACACGGGAGAUCGAAUUAGGUCUGGAAUAUGGAUCCCCGGUGAUGAAUAUUGGCGGCCAGAGCUUAAAAUUUGAAGAUGGCCAGUGGAUCUCAGAGUCAGGAGGUAAUGUAUCGGGGAAAGAGGUACAGCGAUUAAAGAAGAGGAAUCUACAGUUAGAAGAGGAGAAUAAUCUACUCAGGCUAAAGAUUGAGGUUUUACUUGAUAUGCUUUCAGAGUCAACAGCAGAAACACAUCUAAUACAGAAGGAACUUGAAGAUGUGAAGAGUAAUUCUAGGAAAAAGAAAUGACGAAAGGAAAUAAAUGGGAAUGCAGCCUU